CCUCUCGACAACGCCAAGUAGAUUCCUUUUGUAGAAACCAAUGGCACUAGUUGUAACCUUAGCUGAAUCACUGAAAGGAUCCGAUACGAAGCAGAGUGUUAGAAUCAUCGACGAGGUUUCGUUUCAUCUGGACCGUAACCAGAACUAUGCCAACAUGCCCGCGGAGAAGAACUUGAGAGGGAAGCUCAGGUCGGAUGUUGAUAGGUCUGUUUCGAGAGGAGACAUUGUUAUUGUGGAUUCUUUGAAUGGUAUCAAAGGUUAUAGAUACGAGCUGUGGUGUAUCGCACGUGCCGCUGGGAUUAGGUACUGUGUUGUCUACUGUGAUGUGGAUGAAGCUCGUUGCAGGGAGUGGAAUAAGGAACGGGGUGGUAGAGGGGAAGGUUCGUAUGAGGAUGGUGUGUUUGAAGAUCUUGUGAGGAGGUUUGAGAGACCUGAGAGGAGAAACAGAUGGGAUUCGCCUCUCUUUGAGCUGUACCCUUCUCGUGAUGGGAUAGAGAGAUCCUCUCCUGUGAUCUCUGAGGCUGUGAGUUAUCUGACCAAGACUGUUGAUUCUAAAACUCAGGAUGUGAGAGUUCUUCAGCCGAGUAUAGCGACUCAGUCUGCUAGAUUCUCUGAAGCGAAUUCGCUUUACGAGUUGGAUAGGGCGACACAAGAAGUCAUCAAUGCGGUGGUGGAGCAGCAAGCGCUUGGUGGGGCUAUAAACAGAGUUAGUCUUGGCAAUGAGCUACCUCCGGUUGAAAUCUGCAGACCGGUUGGAUUACCGGAGCUAAGGAGGCUUCGAAGAACGUUUGUUAAGUUGAUGGGUCAAGCUAGUCUGAGCGGGCCACCGUUACCAGCUGAUGCAGACAGUGGUAAGAGACGGUUUGUGGAUUACUUGAACAGAGAGUUUGGAAGGCAAUAACGCUUGAGAUUGGUGGGUGAAACAAACGUCUUACAGUUUUGUUUUUCAUUUUCUCCAGCACAAGUCAAGUUUACACUUUUUUGCUUCAGUGAAAUUAGGGGAUAAAUUGAUGUAUUUCUUGUGCAAACAUAUGAUUAUCAUGUAAUCAAGUUAUGCAUUGUUUUUGUUUGUAAUAGUAACGUUUGCUUUGUGAGA